GCCUCCCCUCCCCCCUUUCUUUAUCUGUUGUCUAUUCGGUCAACUACCUAUGUGUUCAAGGUGCUCUCCUAGAGCGAAGCGAAAAAGCCUUCAUGGCAGUGGCCCAGUGGAGCGUCAUCAAACAACGCUUUGCACAUAAACUCUCCAGUUCAGCAUCUCUUCUCUAACUUGUGCAAUGGCAAGUUCAGACCAAGCUUCGAUAACCCAUAAUGCGCCACCAUUACGGGGCUGAGUCUAAUAUCUUUACCAUCUCUUGCGUUUUGAUUGUUCAGAAGGCAUCCAAUUCAUGAAAGUCGGCUGUUACAUACGUCAUUGAGCAUUUUCAUGUUAAAUGUUCGAUUCGCUGCCCCACAGUUCUCACAUUGCACCCUCUGUAUUUCUUCCUAUAUAUCAUACACAAACUUCACUAACCCGUCACACGAAACUUCUGCUACACGUCUACUGUUACUUUAUCAUCCCAUAUACUAUCAUGCCUCAAACUCUAGAUAUUCAACUCCAAAAUCGGUACCCUUCGGACGACGUUUAUGCUUAUAUCACAGGGCUAGCACUAAACAACAACAACCGUGUCUUUCUACUGAGAGCCGACGGAAAGACACCAUAUUACCCUGACUCCCCACCCCACACCGUGCAUCCACUUUCAGCAGAUUGUGCUAUCAGAUUGGGGAAACAAGGUAGUACCACUAUUGCCACAAUUCCUCUUCUUGCUGGAGGAAGAAUCUGGUUCUCAAUAGGGAAGAAAUUGGAGUUUUUCGUCAACCCAGGACCGGCACUGGUUGAGCCAUCUGUCACCAAUCCUUCUGAUCAUAACAUCAAUACCAACUGGGCAUUUUGCGAGUUUACAUUCAAUCAAACUCAGAUUUAUGCCAAUAUAAGUUAUGUCGACUUUGUCAGCUUGCCAAUUUCUAUGAAACUUAUACCUGAAAAUGGCAGGCCACAAGAAAUCCAUGGUCUAAAAGCAGAUGCUCUAGAGACUAUCUGUGAAGGCCUAAGAGCACAAAGUCGAAUUGAUGGCGCAGGGUGGGAUAAAUUGGUUGUAGAAAGUGGUGGUCAAAAGCUUCGAGUAUUGAGCCCCAAUCAUGAACCCGGUUUUGAUGGCUAUUAUGAAUCUUACGUCAAUGAAGUGUGGGACAAAUAUACACACACACCAUUAAUUGUCGAUACCCAAGCUGAAUGGGGAAAGGUUGAGGGCCGUGUAUGCAACGGGCAAUUAACGUUUCCUGGUCUGGCGACUUUUUCGAAGCCAUCUACUGCAGAUAUUUUUAGUUGUAGUUCUGGUCCAUUUUCCAACAAUGCCGGGCCGACAGGGCCUCUUACGGCUCGUAUUAGUGCGGCGUUCAAUCGAUCGACAUUGUUAAGCAACAACCAUCAGCCACACAAGGAAAGAGUAUCGGAGUUCUAUCGACACAAGGUCUCAAAUCAUUAUGCUCGACUUGUUCAUGAAGCAAAUCACCAUGGUCGGGGAUACGCUUUUCCAUAUGAUGAUGUUUCAUCUGGUAUGGAGACUGAUCAGUCUGGUUUUGUUAGUGGCUGGCCAAAGUCGUUCACCGUUUCUAUCGGUUGAGCGUGAGUUGAUGUCUUUUAAUGCACAUCCGUGUGGCUAUCCUAGAUGUCGAAGUAACGUAGUCUCUUGUUAUUGACAAGAAAGCUAUCAAAAACAUCUCCGGAUCAAUAUGAAGCCAAUUCUGCAUUUGAUCCACCAACAACGCUGUUGGCAAAGUUCGCAGUCUUUGCUUUAGACUUGGCUGAGAACAACUAAUUGACCAACAGCGAGACCGUAAUUACACAUCACGAAUGGUGUCAGAGGUGAGCCGUGAUAACAGACAAAAUAUUUCGCCUUCAGAACGCCUCAAACUAUGGAAUUAAGACUUACGUUUAUCA